AAUGCAUUGUGGGACUUGGGCUAAUGGUGAAGUCAAGAUGGCGGAGAAGCUCCGGCAGAGGAGAGAGGCAACAUCAGGAAGGCCGUGAAUGAAGUUUAGUGUUACAAAUCUCUCCUCAUUGAAAAUAUCCUGCUGUUGUUGUCAUUAUCAGCCUGUGGCGGACUUAAAGCGUUCACUAACAGCAGCGGAAUAAAAACAACUGAGGAUAAAGCCUCGUAUGAAUUCCGACGAGAAGGAGGACUGUGAGUGUGCGCCACCACAGGCCGAGAGCAACCCCGAGGGAGGAACGCUGAGGUGGGGGACGAUAUCACUACAGACCGGGGAUGCUACGGCAGUUAGCUGGCUAAAUGUUGUUUCUUGCUACGUGGAUGCCAUUGCUACCUGGCCUUUAUAAACAAAUCUUUGCAAAGUGAAUGCAUAGAUAAUUUAAUGUAUUAUUAUAAAAUGUUGCUGCUGUAAAAAUAUUAUUAUUGUGUGAAUAUUAGUUAGAUUACUGAGGCCGGCGGGCUAACUGGCUCCUGUGUAUCGCAUUAGCUUGCUAAGUCAGCGUCAGAGACUGCAGGUGUCUGACAUUUUUACUGCUUCCCUAUUUCCCCGUUUCAGAAUGAUUGGGAUAUUUUGUCACUCAAACAAAAAGAGUUAUAAUCUACUAAAUAUCGCUGCACAGUUUUUACAAUAACCUAACUGUGACCCCAAUCACUGGAAAGCUGAUCUGACUGCCUCUAGCUGCAAGAAAUUCACUCGAAUGUUGCUGUUCAGUGAUAGUUCUAGUUUCAUUUUUGAUUCUUUCAGUCAACAAAGCAUGUACGGUUUUCAAAAUGUGCAGUUUUAGGGAAAAUUCCUUCCAGUAAAAAGCCAGUAACCCUGUUUGAAAUGCUCCUGUCAGUGCAGCAUAUUCUGACCUCUGCAGAGCUUCAUGCUGCUGUUGUGUUUGUUGUUUGAAUAGAGAAUACGAGGAGCCUGAAAUAGAAAACCCAGAAGCAAGCCGAAUGUAAGUAGAACCGAUUUUAUUUUUAUUACACAUAUAUAAGCAUCUGUGAACUUGUAUUGAUGACAGGCCUUCAAAAGUAGUCGCUCAGACCUCUUUUGUUUGAUCUGUCCUGUCCUCUUUUGGCCUUGUUGGAUUGUGUUCCAUUGAUACUGUGGUGAUAUAAUUUUACAACACAAUAACUGAUAGCAAUAUGGCAUUAUGAGCUCUUAAAUUAGUCCUGUCAAGAGUGCUGUGCACCAAGUGGCAAGUUCAUCCAAGCUUCUUUGUAAAUAAAUAGUUAACAUGAGAGGUGUUCGAGACUGAGUAAAGACAUAUAGCCAACUUCUCCUCCCCUAUUCUUUCUGUGUUCCUGCCUUCAAGGGAGGAUCAGAGGUGGAACAGACCAACCCAACUAUCACACCUCAGUGCUUUACACUUUGCAAACAAGGUGUAACUAGGGAUGUGCCGAUAUACGAUUUAAUCACGAUAUGCAAUAUUAAACGGCCGCGAUGGUGAAAUGGUAGGGUACUUUAAUAAUCGUUCCACGAUUAUAAUUUAAAGAUGAGUGGCAGCAGCACUCAACGUAGGCGAGCGAAGCUGAGUACUUACCAACCUAGCCUGCUUGUAGUCUUACCCACGAUGUCAAAGCCUCAGUACUAAAAUGUACAAACAAACCACCACAAAAGUAGUCCCAAAUCCAAAACAAACUCUCAAAUUAAGUACACUAAUGCCAGCCUAACAAAAACAGGAACAUUAAAAGAGAAAAUUAAGAAAUUUUACAACAAAGUGCGUGGCCACCCUCAAUGCACUGCGGCCACCCAAAGCACUGUUUGAAUAUUUUGAAGAAGAAAUAGUUUUAAGAAGAAAAAAAAGUUGAUGCACGCGUUCCAACUUCCAACCAACGUAACGAUGCAGCCGGACCAAGAACAGUCGGAGACUGAGAAUGACGAAACCCCUCGGCUGUAUCCUCCUAUUAAAAAGGUUUCGUCGGCAGUAUGGCUGUUUACGGCUUCACUAAACAGACAGAGCAGAUAAACCUGACACCAAUCUGCAGGUUGUGCCGUAAGGAAGUUGCAGCGCCGUUGUCUAACACCUCCAACCUACAUGCCAACCUCCGUGAACACCAUCCAGCAUCGUUCGCUCAAAUCAGGGUAAAAACAACAUGACCGCAACAAGUUUGGUCUACUCUACUGCUUAUUAUUGACAACAUGAGUGAUGUUUCUGCUAACUUUAGCUCCAAAAAGCUAAUGCUCCCAACGUCACGUUAGCUGUCUCUUGCUCAUAUUGUUUGCGUGUGUCAUGCUGUGCACAGAGAAGUGAUUUCGCAGUUUUUUGCUAUUUUUAAUAAUGUUAAAAGCAUUGCGCUAAUAUCGUGAUAAUAUCGUGAAUCGUGAUAUUUUGGGCCACCAAUAUCGUGAUAUCAAGAUUUUCAUAUCGGCACAUGCCUAGAUGUAACUGAUGUUAAAAUGGUCAUAUGAAAGCACCCAGCAUUUAAGAGCAGGGUCAGGGUUGCAUUCACCCAAAAAUAUAAAUCAUAUUGUUGUUCACUAAAGCCUGAUUUGUACUUUUGCAUCUAAUGGAUUUAGUAGAAUAUGCUGUAGAUUUGCAUAGACCUAAACCUCCUCAAAAACGCAACUGUGCGCUACAACAACACAAGACCACACGUCCCGUGAUUGGUCCUCUUGGUCACUGACAUUUCCAGCUCUGACUCCUGAUUCAGCUGCAGUGGUUCGGGACAUAACAGGAACCACAACUGGCAAUAUGACUAGCAAAGAAACCCCACUGUCGACUAAUGCAACAGCGCUCAUAUAUGAAAUGCUAAAAACAGUGUAGGCCAUUAUGUUGAAGCUAUAGCAUCAUGUAAAUACUGAAGGAUAAACCAGGUUUUAGACUUUAGAAGUUUUCAUAUUUUAGCAGGUUCCACUUCCACAGAGGCUGCUAUCGUGCACCGUCAUGUUCCUAUUGUGCAUCCUUGAGGGGCAGCGUCACUUCAACAGAAGUGUUUCCAUCCCGAAUGCUAACACUUGAUGUUGUCAAAUAUUACCGUUUCUACUUACUGCACCUUUAAUUUAACUGAGACAAUAAAUGUGUGUUUCAAUCUGAUAUUGCUUUUGAUCAUUUGUUCCUGUCAGAAUGGUCUUUUCCACAUCUACAUAAGUCACUUUCAUUUAUAUUGUGUAAACAAUUAAUGAACACAACAAAUGUUAUUUAAAGACACUUGGAAAAAGAGCAUAUCUGUACUGUAUUUGGAGGUUUCUCAUUUUAAAAGUCCCAACAUCAAUAUUCAUGUGCGAUUCAGGCCCAUCUUCCAUGCAUAAGGAGGGGAAUCGACAGAGAUUCAAAACAACCAACAAAAACCCCUUACAGACUCAUAGUUACAUUGCUAAUCAUGACAAUAAAAAAAUAUAACCCCCAUGAAAGUUAUUAGUACUGUUUUAAGUUAAUCACUUUGCAUACUAACAACAAAUUCCCUUCAACCAUUCACAAACAUGAGAGGCAUUUGUAUUUAGGUGUGAACAGGUGCAUGAAAACAGCCACCAACCAAGAACUAGUGGCAUUGUAAGAAACAGUAUCUCAACGACGGCAGUGACUGUGUAGAAGCCAAGCAGAGGCGUAAACCCACCGAGGUUCUGCACCUGGAUUAACUAACUGAUGUGUGAUAAAAGUUCAGUCUGAUGAAUGAAAGUCCACAUCAAAUAGCCUUACUCAGUGGUUCUCAAGUCCAGUCCUUGAGGCCCACUGUCCCGCCUGUUUUGGAUGUUUCCCUGCUCCAACACACCUGAUUCAAAUGACGAGCUCGUUAUUAAGCCAUCACAGAGCUUGAUAACGAGCUGAUCAUUUGAAUCAGGUGUGAAUCAUGCCUCCAGGACUGGACUUGAGAACGACUGGCCUUACUGAACACACCGCGUGUUUCUUUACUUCCAUAGGCUCCAAAAGUGAACAAUUAGACAAGACAAAAAAAACACACUCCAGACUUUGACUGCAGUAACAUUUGCAUGAGACACAAAGUUUCCUACCUUACAUGGAAAAAACCACACAUCUCCAUGUGAAAACAGUGAUACCACAACUUCAUUACUUCCCAUUAUCUGCUCCAACAGUCUGUGUUAUAUUGAUUAUGUUGAUUUAACAGCAGCUGGUGAAAGCUGAUGUUGGUUUUUCUCUAAUAAAGUUCGAAAGACACAGAGGGACAAGUGUUUUCUGGAGACCUUAUUAAGCGUGCUUUACUUUGAAAAGUCUGCUCAUGGCUGUGCAAGAAAUUCAAACUCAGUCUUAGAGAUUUUAAACUGCGACAGAGUCCACAGUGUUCUCAAAGUCUCUAUUCCAGGGGAUUUCAAAGCACCAGAUUUCUAUAAAUGCUCAUUCAGAAAACCACUCUACCUCUUUGAAACUUGGAUUUAUUUUCUUGGAGAAGACUUAAGUCCUAAAAGGAGCCAAAGUUUGUUUUUUAAAGUCCUAAAUCCUACAUCACUGCAUUCAUUCAGCUGUCUUUGGUUUUCCAGUGAAUUAACUGGUCAGUCAUUUCUAAACUAUAAACAUGGUAAUCAAUCUCAUCACUCCUACCAAUCCCAUCAUGCACAUACACAUGAUGGUUAAGCAGGAUUUUAACACACUUAUAACCUGUUGUGUUUUACCUUUUGAAUGCAGGAAGCGAGCAGCCGCUAAACAUCUAAUAGAGCGCUAUUACCACCAGUUAACGGAGGGCUGUGGGAACGAGUCAUGUUCCAACUCCUGGUGUGCCUCGUCAGUCGGCUUCAGCCGCAUGGAUAACAACACAGCGGCGGUCAAAGCCCUGGAGCUGUACAAGGUGAACGCCAAGCUAUGUGACCCGCACCCCUCGAAGAAGGGCACCGCCUCGACGUACCUGGAGAGCAGCGGCGCUCACAGUAACUCAGCCUGCAGCAACAGCAAGAUGAACCACAAAGAUGUCCACUCUGUGCGGGACAAUUUCAAAGGUGAGAGUCAGGAAUAAGGUGUUUUACUGUGAUUCUUUCCUCUUCUCAUCGCUCUCUGAUGGAUAUUUAUUUUAUUAUCUUUAUUUUUAUUUUUUAAACAAGGACAAAUAUAUAGAAAAGAGACAAAAAAAGCAUACAAUGUCUUUGAUGAAUAAAACAACUUUCAUAUUCCAAAAAAUACAUCAACAGGCAAAGGAAAAUAAACAUCAAUAAAAUACAUCUAUGGGUACAAAAGCAGGGAUCCAAAUCAAAGAUAAAGAGAAAAAAAAACCUAUAACUCCUUAUCCCAAAUUUGUGUCAUUGCUUAUUUGUGCCAACCAUCUCGGUCUGGUUUUUUGUUUUUGCUUUUUAUCAUCAUCUCAGUCAAUAAGUAGUGAUUUUUUUUAAGAAUAUAGUUAACAAUUCAAAUUUGAUAUCCUUUUGAUUUUUGAAAAUAAAAAAUCCUGUCAUGCAAGUCAGUAGUAUUGAGUGUAUAUGUCAGCUUUUACAGGAAUAAUCUGUGUAGUAAUUCUAUGACUAAGAAGCUCAAAUUUGAAGAAAAAAGCUUUAAAAAUGUUAAUCCCAAACUGAAACUAAGACAUAAGACAAUGUAAAAAAAACAACAAAAAAAACUGAAUUUUUACCCUGAAUUAGAUGAAACAACUCCUUUCCCUACAAGCCAAAGAUCCUUUGUUGCACACUUAAGAUCUGAUCCUCUUCCUCUGGACAUUGAGUUUGGUCGGUUAAGAAUAUUGUUGAAGAAUACACAGUCGUGAGAUUUGGAUGAAGUGGAAACAGAGCAAUAAAGAUAGUUAAGGAUCAGAGUUGUCCUGAUACGUUUCAACUUAUGACACGAUACCGAUUAGGGCCUGACCGAUUUAUCGGCGAGCCAAUUAAAUCGGCCAAUUUAAGCCCAUUUGAGAUUUUCGCCGAUAUUUUCAGAAAUAAAAUGCAGAGAAUAAGAUUCGGUUGAAAACGCUUUUCAUGGUCCGAGUUUGAUUCAUGAUAAAUACGAGGAACAGUAGCCUACAGUAUAUCGGGUGUUCCUCACUUUUUAUGAUGUAUGUGAGUUAGCUUAAUUUUUAUUUAUUUAUAUACGCUAUUGAUUUUGAAUGAUGACAAGUGUGUGAGUUAGACAAGACGGAGGUUGACAAAAUAAUUAGACUCACACCCACUAUAGUCUGAAUAAUAAGCUGAAAAGAAUUAGUUUAUCAUCUUUAUUACAGUUCAAAUAAAUAGCCAGGGGUUGUUUUAGCAAUCAAAAGCAUUUGAAAUGAGUUUUCUGCCUUUAAUUCUUUGAGGAAGUGUUUGAAAGGCUCAAAAGCAGCCAUUUGUUAAAAAAAAAUUAUUAUGUAGAUAUAUUACUUAAAUUAACAAAAUUUUUAAACUUCAUAAAAACUUGAAAAAAUCGUCCGAUUAAUUGGUAAUCGGACUUUCCCUCCCCCAAAUAAUCGGCAUCUACCCCAAAAAAUCCAUAUCAGUCGGGCCCUAAUACUGAUAUUGUAGCCUUCGAUUUUGACCGAUUCCGAUAUUGAUCUGAUAUUGGAACAAAAUUGUGCACAAUAAGUUUUUCACUCAGCGGCAACGUCUUUUUCGGACUUUAACGAAAAAUACUGCCGCAAGGCCAACAUCACUCUUAUUUCUUGCUACUUUGUUGGUACCUUAGUACACAGUGUUGUUGUGAUUUUGUGGGCUUAGCUUGCUGGAUCAGCGCGCUGCUAGCUACAGGUGCCGAAGCGGAGUCUGUAAUGGACUGCUUAUAUUGGAGUGCUGAUAUCGGAGAUUUUAGAUACAGGUUGAUAUACUCUGAUAUUCCUUUUUUUUUUAUUUUUUUUUUUAUUAAUAUCGGACUGAUAUCAGGAGUCUUCUCAAGCGGUUUCGACAGACAGGGGUUCUCCAGGAGGUAGCAUCAAACACAGAAGUCCCCUUCUCUCCAUAACUAAGAGUUUAGGCAUUUGCAAGAAUAACUAAAACUAAACCACUUAAUACUUAAAGUAGUGCUGGACGAUAAUUCGAUAACAAUAUAUAUCGAUCGAUAGACGUGUGGUGCGAUAGAAAAAAAACGGGUCGAUAAAAAGUUCGAUAAAAAAACACAGUUUCCCUUUCUUUAUCAUCAUAGCCUAUCAUGUAGCUUUUACUACAGUCAUUACUUCCUCCCAACCAAUCACAAACGCAGACCCAGGUACGCUACGGCACCAAGCCAAGCCUCUAUCAAACCACAACAGACAGCACGUGUAUUAGAAAAAAUGAUACAGCAAGGAGAAGCGGAGGACAUUGUCCCGAAAAAAGGUUUCAGUAGUUCACCAGCAUGGCAAUGUUUUGGUUUUUAGAAGUCUGACAAAAAGCGAACAGCGGUCGUUUGCAAAAUUUGCAGAGAAUUAGUAAAAACCAAGUCUGGUAACACAACCAACUUGUUUUACCAUCUAAGCCGAUCGCACCCGCAGGAGUACGAGCUGUGUCGGCCGCGCCGCGGCUCCACGUCGUCGGAGGAGGAGGAAUCCUCUGGAACCGCUGCCAGCACCAGCACAAAGCAACUGAAGCAGAUCAAACUGGACUACGUUUCUUGCCAAAAAUACGACAAAGCGUCCAAGCGGCAUAAGGACAUCACCCAUGCAGUAACAUGCUCCAUAGCGAGGGAAAUACUACCAAUAACUACCGCUGAAAAGCCUGGCUUCGACCAGCUUCUAGCCACUCUCGACCCGCGAUAUGAAGUGCCCGGCCGCAAGUAUUUCUCAAACACAGCGCUUCAGGCAUGAAAAUGGGUCAGGGGUUGAAAAGGUGAGAAGAGUGCGGAGGAAAUAUGUUCAAAUGAGCUCAUAUUUUACAAAGACGCGAGUAUUUGGAUCAUGGCUACGAGCAGGGGGUGCAUUCGGCAGGGGUGCAUUCUACGACACAACACCGGCGUGGAUAAGUCCUGCUUCUCGUGCUUAGUUUGUGUAUUAAGUCAAUCACAUGAUAAUUAAAAAAAAUAAAUCUCCCGACCCCGGGAGAAAUAUUUCAGUGUUCAGACACCAGGCUGUGGGCAGUUUCCCACACAGUUAAAACUGGUAGUAUGCUAUUCCCACCUAAAGCUAUUCUGUUUAUUUAUAUAUUUGUUUGUUUUGUUUAUUUUCAUCAAAAGACUAUUUAUAUAUUUAUUUAUCAGAUUUUCUGGUCACUAUAGUCUUUAUGUUUGUCAGUAUUUACUGACGUCACUCAGGCCACUUAAGUUGAUUUCUUUUUUUUUUAGUUCUUUUUUAAAAAAACUUUCAGUUGUGGUAAAAUAAAAAAGGUGGUUGAAUAAAGGUUUGAAUUUGAAUUCAGUGCUUGUGUGUUCUUUAUUAAAAGUAGGUCAUUAAGCAAUAGCAUAAAACAUCCAGGGCUGCAAUUAAAAUAUAUGUUAAAUAAUUAUAAUAAUUAUAUCGAUAAUUAUCGAUAUCGAUCAAUAUGAUUUAUUUUUUAUCGAUAUGCUUUUUUUCUAUAUCGUCCAGGCCUAACUUAAAGUAAGACUGUGUGUUUUGCUCUUGAAUGGAUACAACAAAGAUAUCCCGCUAACAGAGCUGGCUGUGACAUCCAAAUAACUGACCACAUGUUAGCCCCAUUAGUUGAAAAUGUGCUUAUCUUUAGAGGUUCAGUCAAUCUCUUCUUUGAUUUAAAUAUCUUGAAGUUUAUCAUCCUCAUCAGGGAAUAGUAAAUCAUAACCCACAGUCACAAUCAUUUUAUCACAAGUUGAACUGUUUGGUUUAGAAUUAUUUCUAACGUUUGACUGUCUAAUUGUGUUUGUAGACGUAAAUUACCUGACAGAGGAGAAAGUGUACGAGAUUUUGGACAUCUGUGGAGAGAAAGAGGAUUACUCGCCUCUGAUCAGGGUUAUCGGUCGGGUCUUCUCCAGUGCUGAGGGCCUUGUGCAGAGCUUCAGAAGGUCCAAACCUCACACCAAGGAGGAGCUCAAGUCCCUUCAGGGUAAAGACGAGGACAAAGACGAGGACGAGAAGGAGGCCGCAGCUUGCUCUGCUAUGGAGGAGGAUUCCCCCGCUGCCUCUUCAUCGUCACGGCUCGGUGAGGGCUCCUCGGGGGACAACGAUGUCCAAAAGCUGGCAGCAGAUGAGGUGUCAGUGGACAUUGAAGCUGUGCGGCGGGUCUAUGAGCGCCUGCUGUCCAAUGAGAAGAUAGAAGCGGCCUUCCUGAAUGCACUGGUCUACCUCUCCCCUAAUGUAGAGUGCGACCUGACGUACCACAACGUGUAUUCACGAGACCCCAACUACCUGAACCUGUUUGUUAUAGUGAUGGAAAACAACAACCUCCACAGUCCCGAGUACCUGGAGAUUGCUCUGCCGCAGUUCUGCAAGGCUAUGAGUAAACUCCCGCUGGCGGCUCAAGCCAAGUUGGCCCGCCUGUGGUCGCACUACGGUGCCGAGCAGAUUCGCCGCAUGGUAGAGACGUUCCAGCAGCUCAUCACAUACAAGGUGAUAAGCAACGAGUUCAACACCCGCAACCUUGUCAAUGAUGAUGACGCCGUGGUGGCGUCUACCAAGUGCUUGAAGAUCGUCUACUAUGCAAAUGUGCUGGGCGGCGACCUGGACGUCGAGCACAACGAGGAGGAAGACGAGGAGCCCAUUCCAGAGUCCAGCGAGCUCACGCUGCAGGAGCUGCUGGGCGAGGAGCGGCGGAACAAGAAGAGCCCCCGAGUGGACCCACUAGAGACGGAGUUAGGGAUCCGCACCAACGACUGCCGGAGGCCGCUCAUUCCCUUCGAGGAGUUUGUGAAUGAGCCGCUGAACGAUGUGCUGGAGAUGGACAAGGACUACACUUUCUUUAAGGUGGAAACUGAGAACAAGUUCUCCUUUAUGACCUGUCCCUUUAUCCUCAACGCCGUCACAAAGAACCUGGGCUUGUACUACGACAACCGCAUCCGCAUGUACAGCGAGCGGCGUAUCACUGUCCUCUACAGCCUGGUGCAAGGCCAGCAGCUCAACCCUUACCUGAGGCUGAAAGUGCGGCGAGACCACAUCAUCGACGACGCUCUGGUCAGGGUAAGUGUGUCACAGGUCCAACUUAAGACUAUCUCCUUUGUAUUCGUUUGUACGUGAGUGGACUGAUGUCUUUCUAUCAUCUGUCUGCAGCUGGAAAUGAUCGCGAUGGAGAAUCCUGCAGACUUGAAGAAGCAGCUGUAUGUGGAGUUUGAAGGAGAACAAGGUGUAGAUGAAGGAGGCGUUUCCAAAGAGUUCUUUCAGCUGGUGGUGGAGGAGAUCUUUAACCCAGAUAUUGGUGAGAAAACACAAGAAUGAUCCACAACAUCUGGCACAGUAUGAUUUUGUGGGCAAAUUUCUCUGAAUGAAUUAACAACAGAUUGGGGCUGAGAAUCAUGCUUUGAUACUUUUCUGACUGAAGUGCUUUGUCGUCAUCGAAAGUCUUACAGUGGUGUGGCAUUUGACAGCAUACUCCUGAAACUAAGAAGUCAACAAUGAGCGGAGUGCACAAAACACAUUGUUUCUGUAAUGGUUUGUGUUGUAGAGGCUGGCGGAAUAAAAAAUCAACAGGUUCUAGACUCAGAAAACUCCGGACUCUUACUGCGUUUCAGGUUCUUUUCUAUAUUCACAGUAGGGCUGGGCGAUACAGCCUCAAAUCAAUAUCACAAUAUAUUGAGCAGUUCACCUCGAUAAUGAUAAAUUGACGAUAACUACUCCACAAGCUGCUCAGCUUCUCCCACAUCAACUUCGUCUACUUCAGCCACCACUCCAGUCGCUACAACUUUUGAACCGUCCUCUAUCUCCUCACCUGUCUUUCCCUCUUUGUUACGGACUGGAUGGGGUGGAGUCACGUCUCUGAUGUAGACCAGCAUCUUAAAGGGACAUGAGACCAUAGCCUACCUACACACAUCCAAAACCAACUUUUGAUAUAUCGAUAUUGGCAAAAUGACGUUGGUUAUUGUUGUAAAUUUUGGAAUGGGUAAAUUUGCGGUUUAUCACCUAGCCCUAAUUCACAGGUUUAUCCUUGGAAAGCUCUUGACCACCUCUCACCAAAAGUUGUAUCUGAUCUACUCUAGAUUAUUUAGUGAAAUCAACUGAGCAGGAUUUGGGUAAAAUUUGUUGUUUUGACAUAUUUCAUGGCAGAUGUAUUAGAUGCAGUGUUGUUUUCGUUGACGAUGACGUUGAUGAAAAUAUUUUGUCAACGUCAUCCUGAAGAAAGACAACGCUGGUUGUUUUCGUCAACGCCCCUUUUUUUUCCACGACAAAGACGUGACGUUGACGAGCUAAACAUAAGUCUUAGAUGGCUAAAAUGUGCGUUUACGUUGAAGAGACAAGACCAAACGAAAACGUUAGUGGUGGAUGACGAACAGAGUUGCAAAAUUCAUGAGCAUUUCGUCAGUCAAACACUAAACAUAUAUUCUGCAGUGUUGUUUUCGUUGACGUUGACGAAAUAUCGGCAACGUCAACGAAAACAACACUGAAUAGAUGUAUUAGAUUAGAUUUUUUUCAAGUAUGCCGCUGCUUUGGGUUUGUACAAAUGCCAGCAAAUGGAAAAGCUAUCUUGUUGGAGAAGAUUUGAUCGGAUUUGUAUAAAAGAAAAUCUGGCUCCAGAAUUGUAGCUUUUAUUGAAAGCACCACAUCUGACUUUAUCAAAGCAUAGCUUUUAUUGCUCGUGAGGCUGCAGAGUUUCUGUAGAUAGGCUGUAUUUCCUAUUAGAUUUCUAUCAGUAUGAAAAUGUUUCAGCAGCAACCAGCUUAGUUCCUGAGACGUGGGGGCAGCAAGGACACUUUUCCUCUAUUCAGCAGAAUGUGUGUGGCACUGAAAGGCCGGUUUAAUCAAAAGCCUCUUUACUGAGAAGUGAACACGAAGCUGAUUUCCUCUGAACUGAGCUGUAUAAUUAUUCCAUUGCGCUGUAAAGCUGUGUGUGUGUGUGUGUGUGUGUGUGUGUGUGUGUGUGUGUGUGGAGGGUGUGGGUUAUUGGAGUUAAUAGAUAAUAGGCAGGAUAAAUACCUAACCUAGCCUUGAACAACAUGUACUUUUACUUUCACUUUGAUUCUGUGUCAAGUUGUCCCUGUCUCCAAGCAGCAGCUCUCACAGCUUCAGCAGUGAAGGAUGUUUUAUGACACUUUUGAGUGUCAUGUUCUGAUAUUUCUGCUGCAGAAAAGCAGGCUCUGAAAGAUCUUAAAAGUAGACGCAGCGUGCAAAAAAAGAUGUUUCUUGGAUUUAGUCGUAAAUGAAAAUUAAGAAUAAUUUUAUCCCUGAAGAGAAAUUAAAUUGUCUGUCGUCUCACUUGUCAUGUCUCAAAAAGUCAUCAACUAAAAAAAAACAUUGGUUAAAUUGAUGGUUGAAGUUAGUUGGAGUUUUAACUUCCAAAGCUAACACAGUAAUAAUGCAACAGAUUGGUGCAAACCCUUUUAAUACAUCAGAUUUGAGAAUCAGGAAGCUGAAACUGGAACAGUAGGUGGUGGUAAUGCACCAUCAUGACAGCUGUAACAGCCUUAAAACAAGAAGGAAAAGAGAACCAGGAAGUGAUACUGCAGAAAUAGACCUCCUUGGACAAGAAAUGGGUCUGAAUAACAGAUUCAGUCUCAAAGCUCUGCCAGAUGAUUACCUCUGUAAGACCGGAGUUGUUUGCAUGUACUGUCGAUGUGAAUUGAGUCACUGCUGGAUUAAAAGGAGUCCCAAAAACCUCAAAGUGAAGCACACAGCUGAUGCAGAGAGCCGCCUCCUCCUUCCAUCUCCAUUUCAAACUUUCCAUUGUGGCCUUCAAUUUCCUCCUGUGCGAGGUUAGACGCAGUCAGUGUUUGCUGUAAGUUUGAAGGAUUCAGGCAGUAAAAUGAGAAAUAUAAGUCUGAUUACUGAUUUAUUGGUUGAUUUUUUAAGUUUUAAGUCAUAAAAUAAAUAUAUAUAUACUGUAGACAUCUACAGUGAACUUUAUACUGCAGAUAUACUGAAGGCUACUGCUCUUGACGCCGACAGGAAGACCGACUGAUCAAACUCGGACCAGAAAAGCGUUUUCAACUACCCCCCCGCGCUGAUCUGUGCCUCCAUGUCUUAACUCACGUUACACAUUUCCGGUCUGGUCUCAUUUGGAGACAUGCAGCUGCCUCAGUAAGAGAAGUAGCUCGAUCACGUAAUGUGUACUAUUGUUUAUUCUACUGUUACUGGCACAGCUAACAGUGUAGCAAGGCAAAUAGCAGAUGGCUAACUCUAACUUUAGCUUGCAUUACAUGGUGCUUCACCGUUAACUCGGCGUGACCGAGACCAGCACAGCGGGGAACAUCGUGACGUGGGUUGAACUGAAACUUGUUGACUUAUUGUGUAUUUCACAAACUGGUUUAUUUACCGUUGAGGCGGACCACUCUCCUCCUUGUGUCCCUGAGCUGCCUGCUUCAGAUCCGUCACUCUGCUGUGCUGUGAGGUAGUUAGUGGAUGAAGAUUGUCAUGAGGUCGCUGCGCCAUCUACAGGAUAAGUCUGGGAAUUUUUCAAAUGGCGGAACAUUUUCGAAGUGAAACCGAAUCUUAUUCUCCGCAUUUUAUUUCUGAAAAUAUCGGCGAAAAUCAGUGAGUUUUGGCGGAUUACCGAUUAGUCUCAAACGGGCUAAAAUUGGCCGAUUUAAUCGGCACGCCGAUAAAUCAGUCGGGCCUUAUUAUUCACUGGCUUCACAGUGAUUCAAAAUAGUUUAAGCAAUAACUGCAUCUUUGUUGAUUAUCUGCUAUCAAAACAGAGAAGAGCUGAUAGUUUUGCCGACAUACAAACUGCAUGAUGAUCAUGGAGCGACACGUAAACACACAAACACACAGACAAUCAAAUAGACUUCAUGGUCGGUUCACUCCCCUGCAGUUAUUUGUUACUGUUAUUUGUCUCAGCCUGACUCACUGGUCAAGGCUGAAAAUGUUCUACUAUAAUUUUGUUCUUUUUUAGUGGUGCCUCUGUUUUCACCAUGCCUCGAUCACAAUUCCUCUCUUCUCCUGCAGGCAUGUUCACGUACGACGAGGGCACCAAACUGUUCUGGUUCAACCCCUCGUCGUUUGAAAAUGAAGGUCAGUACACCCUGAUAGGCAUCGUCCUCGGCCUGGCCAUCUACAACAACUGUAUCCUGGAUGUCCACUUCCCCAUGGUGGUGUACAGGAAGCUCAUGGGCAAGAAAGGAACCUUCAGGGACCUGGCUGACGCUAACCCGGUAAGCACCUCUGAAGCCUGUAGCUGUAGAAGGGUCAAACUCUCUGACUGCUGUGAUUGUAAGUGAAACACUCUGUUUGAAAAGGUUUUGUACCAGAGUCUGAACGAGCUGCUGGAGUACGAGGGAAGCGUGGAGGAGGACAUGAUGAUCACGUUUCAGAUUUCCCAGACGGAUCUGUUCGGGAAUCCACUAAUGUACGACUUAAGGGAAAAUGGGGACAAGAUUCCAGUUACAAAUGAGAACAGAAAAGUGAGUCUGGAUGAUCACAUGAAGCACCUCAACUGUUAGCCAUUAAGUCUAACAGUGAAACAGUUCCCCUUAAAAGUUGAAGAGGGUUCACCAGCUGAACAUUGAAUAAUUCCAGUGUGUGUGUGUGUGUGUGUGUGCAGGAGUUUGUAGCGCAGUAUGCCGAGUACAUGCUUAACAAAAGCGUGGAGAAACAGUUCAAAGCGUUCAGGAGAGGUUUCCACAUGGUCACCAACGAGUCGCCGCUCAAGUACCUGUUCAGACCCGAGGAGAUCGAGCUCCUCAUCUGUGGGAGCAGGGUGAGACUUUUUUUUAACCACAUGAUAAAAAUCUGUAAAAGUUUUGUAUUAAAAAAAAUAUAUAUAUAUUUACGUACAUGUUUGCUUUGUCUCACCUUGCAGAACCUGGACUUUAUAGCACUUGAAGAAACGACAGAAUACGACGGAGGUUACAACAGAGAUUCAAGAAUUAUCAAGUAAGACAGUUUGAGUUUUGUAUAUAUUUUUUAAAAAGUAUGUGAAGACGGUUGGUAAUUGAUUCAUAUUUCUGUAUAUUGAAUUGUUAAACGCUGUCUCAUGGAUGUUUGUGUGCUCCAAAGGGAGUUCUGGGAGACGUUGCACUCAUUCGGGGAGGAACAGAAGCGCCUCUUCCUGCAGUUCACCACUGGCACUGACAGAGCACCUGUGGGGGGUCUGGGCAAGCUGAAGAUGAUCAUUGCCAAGAACGGCCCAGACACAGACAGGUGAGGCAGCUCUGUUUAUGAAUCUGCUGCUACCUGUUUUUAAUUCCUUUAAUAUACACUCACCGGCCACUUUAUUAGGUACACCUGUCCAACUGCUCGUUAACACUUAAUUUCUAAUCAGCCAAUCACAUGGCGGCAACUUAGUGCAUUUAGGCAUGUAGACAUGGUCAAGACAAUCUCCUGCAGUUCAAACCGAGCAUCAGUAUGGGGAAGAAAGGUGAUUUGAGUGACUUUGAACGUGGCAUGGUUGUUGGUGCCAGAAGGGCUGGUCUGAGUAUUUCAGAAACUGCUGAUCUACUGGGAUUUUCACGCACAACCAUCUCUAGGGUUUACAGAGAAUGGUCCGAAAAAGAAAAAAUAUCCAGUGAGCGGCAGUUCUGUGGGCGGAAAUGCCUUGUUGAUGCCAGAGGUCAGAGGAGAAUGGCCAGACUGGUUCGAGCUGAUAGAAAGGCAACAGUGACUCAAAUAACCACCCGUUACAACCAAGGUAGGCAGAAGAGUAUCUCUGAACGCACAGUACGUCGAACUUUGAGGCAGAUGGGCUACAGCAGCAGAAGACCACCCCGGGUGCCACUCCUUUCAGCUAAGAACAGGAAAACUGAGGCUACAAUUUGCACAAGCUCAUCGAAAUUGGACAAUAGAAGAUUGGAAAAACGUUGCCUGGUCUGAUGAGUCUCGAUUUCUGCUGCGACAUUCGGAUGGUAGGGUCAGAAUUUGGCGUCAACAACAUGAAAGCAUGGAUCCAUCCUGCCUUGUAUCAACGGUUCAGGCUGGUGGUGGUGGUGUCAUGGUGUGGGGAAUAUUUUCUUGGCACUCUUUGGGCCCCUUGGUACCAAUUGAGCAUCGUUGCAACGCCACAGCCUACCUGAGUAUUGUUGCUGACCAUGUCCAUCCCUUUAUGACCACAAUGUACCCAACUUCUGAUGGCUACUUUCAGCAGGAUAAUGCGCCAUGUCAUAAAGCUGGAAUCAUCUCAGACUGGUUUCUUGAACAUGACAAUGAGUUCACUGUACUCAAAUGGCCUCCACAGUCACCAGAUCUCAAUCCAAUAGAGCAUCUUUGGGAUGUGGUGGAACGGGAGAUUCGCAUCAUGGAUGUGCAGCCGACAAAUCUGCGGCAACUGUGUGAUGCCAUCAUGUCAAUAUGGACCAAGCUCUCUGAGGAAUGCUUCCAGCACCUUGUUGAAUCUAUGCCACGAAGAAUUGAGGCAGUUCUGAAGGCAAAAGGGGGUCCAACCCGUCACUAGCAUGGUGUACCUAAUAAAGUGGCCAGUGAGUGUAUGUAUACCAUAUUUUCCGGACUGGAAGUUGCCCUGGAGUAUAAGUCGCACCAGCAAAAAAAUGCGUAAUGAAGAAGAAAAAACAUUUAGUUUCAUUUUUGGGGGUAAAUUUAUUUUACAAAAUCCAAGAACAGACAUUUCAUCUUGAAAGGCAAGUUAUAAUAACAAUCUAGCUGUCUAGCUUUUAGCCUAGGAUUAGUUGUUUCUGUUUUCUUCAUCGCAGUCAGAGUAAACUUUUCGCCAGUCCCUCACAAGUUUCUCGCUCACUCCAAACUUUCUCUCUCUGCUGCUCAAUUUCCAUUUUGCAUAUUUCUUACCUGCAGCUUGUAAUCUGCAUAAUAUGAUUUUCUUUAUGGCGGCAUUUGUGCUCAGUCUUUCUCAGUUGUUGAUAUGAAUUAACGUUAGUUUGUAUAUCUUAAGUGGUACAGGAAUAGCAGAUACUGGUACACCAGCAUAGAGUGCCCUCUAGCGGCUGUCAGUGUGAAAAUAAAAAUGUGUGAAAUUAUAUAUUUCAAUAUAUACAGUGGAUACAAAAAGUCCACACACCCCUGUUCAACUGCCAGGUUUUUGUUAUGUAAAAAAAUUAAAUCAAGAUAAAUAAUUGCACAACUUCUUCCACCUUUUAAUGUGACCUAUAACCUGUACAAUGCAAUUUAAAAACAAACAGAAAUCUUUCAGGGAGGUGAAGUAAAAAUAAACAACUGAGAUCAUGUGGUUGCAUAAGUGUGCACACCCUUUAAUAACUGGGGAUGUGGCUGUGUUCAGAUUUAACCAAUAACAUUCAAACUCAGGUUAAAUUGGAGUCAGCACACACCUGUCACCAAUUAAAGAGCCUCUGAUUAACCCCAAAUUAAGUUCAGCUGUUCCAGUAGCUUUUCCUGACAUUUUUGUAGACACAUCUUCCAGCACAAGCCAUGGUCCACAGAGAGCUUCCAAAGCAUCAGAGGGAUCUCAUUAUUCAAAGAUAUCAGUCAGGUGAGGGCAACAAAAGAAUUUUCAAGGAAUUAAAUAUACCAUGGAACACAGUUAAGACCGUCAUCAUCAAGUGGAGAAAAUAUGGCACAACUGUGACAUUACCAAGAACAGGACGUCCGUCCAAAAUUGAUGAUAAGACGAGAGGAAAACUGGUCAGGGAGGCUAACAAGAGGCCGACAGCAACACUGAAGGAGCUGCAGGAAUUUCUGGCAAGUACUGGCUGUGUAGAACAUGAGACAACAAUCUCCUGCUGUCUUCAUAUGUCUGGGCUAUGGGGUAGAGUGGCAAGAUGGAAGCCUUAUCCUACAAAGAAAAACAUCAAAGCCCGGCUUAAUUUUGCAAAAGACAUCUGAUGUGGGAAAAUGUGUUAUGGUCUGAUGAAACCAAAGUUGAACUUUUUGGGCAUCAUUGCAAAAGGUAUAUUUGGCUCAAAAUCAACACUGCUCAUCACCAAAAGAACACCAUACCCACAGUGAAGCAUGGUGGUGGCAGCAUCAUGCUUUGGGGUUGUUUUUCUUCAGCUGGAACUGGUGCCUUAGUCAGGGUGGAGGGAAUUAUGAACAGUUCCAAAUACCAGUCAGUGUUGGUACAAAACCUUCGGCCUUCUGCUAGAAAGCUGAAGAUGAAGAGGAACUUCAUCUUUCAGCACGACAAUGACCCAAAGCACACAUCUAAAUCAACAAAAGAAUGGCUUCACCGGAAUAAGAUUGAGACUUUGGAAUGGCCCAGCCAGAGUCCAGACCUGAAUCCCAUCGAACAUUUGUGGGGUGAUCUGAAGAGGGCUGUGCACAGGAGAUGCCCUCGCAGUCUGUCAGAUUUGGAGCGGUUUUGCAAAGAGUGGGCAAAUAUUUCCACAUCAAGAUGUGCCACGCUGAUAGACUCCUACCCAAAAAGACUGAGUGCUGUAAUAAAAGCCAAAGGUGCUGCAACAAAGUAUUAGUUUAAGGGUGUGCAUAUUUAUGCAACCUGGUUAUUUUAACUUUUCUAUUUUUCAUUUUUCCCCUUAAAGGUUUCAGUUUGUUUUUCAAUUGUAUUGUACAGGUUAUAGGUCACAUUGAAGGUGGAAAAAGUUGUGAAAAUAUUGAUCUUGCUGUAAUUUUCUUACAUCACGAAAACCUGGCAGUUGAACAGGGGUGUGUAGACUUUUUAUAUCCACCGUAUGUAUAAGUCGCACCUGAGUAUAAGUCGCAAACCCAGGCAAACUAAAAAAAAAAAGUGCGACUUAAAGUCUGGAAAAUACAGUAUAUAUUUUUGCUUGUUCCUCUAACAGCCUUUUAGAAACAUCAUAUCAUCAUUGGUAUGAUAAUAUGAUGUGUGGUAUAUUGAUGAGGUCUGUGUUGUCUGGUGUCUGCAGGUUACCAACGUCUCACACUUGCUUUAACGUGCUGCUGCUGCCCGAGUACAGCAGCAAAGAGAAGCUGAGGGAGAGACUGCUGAAAGCCAUCACCUAUGCCAAAGGGUUUGGCAUGCUCUGAGCCCCUUCCCCCCCAAGCGCUCCGAACACACACAGCAGGCGGACUCCUUCUUCUUAGAAAGCCCAUGAAACCCUGCCCCACCCUUCCUUUAUCAGAAACAAUCGAACAGGUGACAAAACAGAGUAUGUUUCCUGGAGAAAGUCCAAAAUGAAAGAGGAGAAAUGGUUCCAAUAGAGCGCUCGAGUAGUUCUUCUACUGUGCCUGCAUCAUCCCGCAUCAGUCAGUGUAAGCACAGAGACCUCCUGAUCAAAUCCUCACAUCCACUUUAUGUGAAUGUGCCGCCUCCCUGUCUUUUUUUCUAUGUAUAGAGAGGAUCAUUUUCCUUAUUAUUUAUUUUAAGGUUGGAAUGGGUUAUUUUUCACGCCUGCCUGUUGGGAUAGCUUCCCUGCUCGAGGGACAGGGCAAGGGUUAAUAUUAAACUAUGUAAAUUUGGUACAAAGCCGAAUUUAAGAAGGCAAUAUAACCCCCAUUUAUUGAACAAAGAGGUGUUAAAUUCGCCCUUGACUCUCAUUCACAGAUAAUCAUGGAGAAAAUCUAGUCUUAGAGUAGUCAUUUUAUUCCCCGCUGAAGAAAGAGCUCCAUUCCACCCACUGACAUCGCUUAAUAUUCCCACAAAGUCCAUUUACGAUGAAGGUAAGCAUCUGGAAACACCUGUCAUUUGGUCCAAAAUGGCACAUUAUCAAAAAGCAGUUCUCUGUUUUCUUUUCAGGCCUUUUUUUUUUUUUCCUUUUGGGAGGGGGAGACACACACCGCAGGUUAGACUCAAAUCUUGUCAGAGCUGUGUAAGUGCACUUAGACAUUUUCAGAAUGUUUGUUUUUUGGCCACAGGUUGCCAUGAUUGUUUGAAACAUUUUAUUUCCAUGUCUUCCUGUGUUGACGACUCUAAAUAAAAAAAAAAACAGUAUUUAUAUAAUCAGUGCGGUUGGAACUGCGAUACCGUAUUGUGCACGUUUUCGGAGGAUGUACACUUGUAGACCAGUCACUGCUGAUGUUCUCAGAUAAAAACUUAGAGCUCUUCUUGUGCCAACGAUUACAGUCAGUGGAUAGGAGAAACCCAAGUUAGCACUUUGUGUUGUCUGCAGAGUCUCUGUUCUAUAAUGAGCCCAGUUAAGGUGGAGCAUCCAGAGGGUUAAUAAGCGGGUUUCCAUGAACUCUUUUUCAUUUCACUCAGAAAGAUGUGUGAUCUGGCCGUAUGUACACCCUUCAUAUAAACUGGCAGUUCUGGUGUUUUUAAACCUGCGCCUUAUUUAUUUAUUUAUGUGAGGUCUACAUGUCAAAUAAACACAAAAUUGUUACGAUUGCAACAGUUUAAAACGGCUUUAACGCAACCGUGAAGUGCUUAAGUUUAAAGGCUUAGAUUGGUCUUGAAAAUAGACAUCUUUUAAGACACCGGCCUUCUUCGACAAAAAAAAGGUUUAUCUCACAGGAUGCUUGAGAUUCCGGUCUUUAGUGUUGUGUUGAAUCCUUUUUAAAACUUUUGAAACACUUGAGUCACACAACAACACAAACAAACCAGGAGAGAGGAUGUGGUUGAUGCGCUUCAUUUUCAUUGUGGUGGAAUUACGGUUAAUUGUGGCUUAAGAGAGAGAGAGAGCAGUAUUAAGACUAUUUUUUUGGUUAAAUAAAAGGUUCACGCAAAGGGAUCCUUUCUAUAAUGUACUGAGGCACUUUUUUAUAACCAAAGAAAAACAUCUUUUAGUGUUCUUCCUAAAGCCACCAGACUCUUCUGACAAAAACGCCACUUACCUGCAGAAAAACUAGAGCUGCUGGUAUUCACCACGUCCUACCAACAGGAUGCAGAGUGUAAUGUUGGUAUGCGGUGCAUUCAUCAUAUGCACACUUGAGUUAAACCGAGUAAACAAACCACAGUGAAGUGUGAAGAGGAUUUUAUAUCAUGAGUAACAGGUGUGGAAAUAGACAUGGGCAGUGAUGACACUCAGAUCGGAAGGAUUAGGAGUCUGGAGGCCACAGCUACCAUACUCCACUGACAAAACAAGGAUCUAAGCUUCCAGGACGGGAGAGUUUCUGUCUUUUUUUCCAGUGAGUUAUAUGUCCUGUGUGACUUUGGUGACUUUAAGUGUAACUUUGGAUCCAACACAACAGAAAAACAUUUUACUUCCAACUUGAAUCUCUCUUUAUCAGUCAAAUGAGUUGGCUGGAAAGAAAACGAUACAACAGCUGUUUCUAGUUAAAAACCAUCUUCCUAUUGUAAUGUCAGACAUUGACAAGAACAAUCUGAGCCUAUUAGGGACAAAAACUAAAGGCUGCAGAAUAAAGCAGCUCCAAAACCUCACAAACAGGUUUUUUUUAAAAAGGGCCAAGCUUUAAAAAUACCAGAAUCUGCAUUUGAUAUGGAAAAAGAAAAAUAUGUCUAUCCCCCUGCUUCAACUUUACGGUAAGCUAAUCAAGUCCUGGGCAUAGAUUUGGUAUUUCCAGAUCAGAUAUCAGUUCUGUGGGGGUAAGACACUUUGUGGACACAUCAGUGUGAUCAGGUUUAGUCUGAAUCUGUCACAUUUAAUGAUAGAUAGUAAAACAGGUGUGACCACUGUCUAUGGAAAAUACUUAUAUAGGUGUCCAGAGCACUUUUUUUCCUUUGAAAACACAAAUUGGAAGAUGGGCUGUGACAUCCCCACAGAACAGGCAGAUGUUUUUUUUAUAUUUUUGGAUUGUUUUGUUCUUUGUUCGGUAGAAUUGGCUGUACUUGUAAAGGACUGGAGUGAUAUCUGCAUGAUGUUCUUGCACACAGACUCAACUCACUGGUUUAAACAUUUUUUCUUUUUUUUUUCUUUUUUUUGUUUUGUUUUUAAAAAAUACAACCUGGGUCUUUAUUUUCAGUUUACGCCAUGGUUUUGUUUUUCACCUUCUGACUCAGCGGUUUGAUACUUUGACAACUUCGACUGAGCACAUCAGGGCAAGCAGCAGAAGUCAUCACACACCCCGGCAGGCCUUAAAACCCAGCUACAGUUCAACGAAAUUAUUUUAACCACUUAUUUGUAAAUGGGGGCCACCUUCAAAAGGUCAGAUUUAGCGACUCAUUGCCUUCUUUGCAUCCAGCGAGCAUAGUGUCCACUUGAGGCUGUCUCCAAAAGCCUAUAAAACCCCAUUAGUCCAUAUUAAAAUGCCCAUAUUCUACAGAUGUAGAAACAUGUUUACAGUAUAGUACAAAAAUCAAUUUUGCUCUCUGUACCUCAGAUUUGAAUGAUUUCAUACAUAUUAAGUAGCAAAUAUAUUACCCUUCAUCCUGAGGUUUUUUUGCAAGUACUUUCGGAUUGUCUGGAGUCAUUUCCAAUACGGUGUCCACCAUCUUUAGGCUUCAUACCACAUCUAUGGAAACAGUCACAGAGACCAAAUCUGUGUUUUAUCUAUGAAAAACAACAUUACAGCCCCUUCUUGUGCAGAUAGUUUGCUGUUGGUUGAAAUUUUCUCCUCCAUCCUCAGCAUCCGUUGGCAGCAUCCAUUAGCAAACCAGUCAAACUGGAUUAUUGAAACUUCACACAGUCUUUAAAUCUAUACAUUUGCAUUUUCACUGAUGGAUAAAACCAACACUGUCUUCAUAGUCAUCCCAAAUUGGCGGCAUCCAUUAGCAAACCAAUCAAACUGGAUUAUUGAAACUUCACACAAUCUUUAAAUCCAGACAUUUGUGUUAUCACUGAUGGCUAAGGCUAACACUGUUGAUGGAUUGAAGGAAUGGUUAUCACACUUUUCUCAGCUUUGGAUGUUUUAACCUAGACUAUGUAGACCAGGGUCCUGUAUCUGUGUGGAUUUCUGUGCAUUACCCAAAUAUAAAGUGAACCAGCUAGCAACGCUGAUGAAUGACACAUUAUUUUCUCAUAGGCCAGUGCUAACAGACCUAACAUCAGCUGAUACCAAUGCCCAUCAAUGUAUCCCUAGCUUACAUUAGUGGGGGAAAAGGCCCCUGAUGAAAACUGGAACCUGCACUUAACUUUAGUUUCACCAUAAAAUAAGUGGUUAAGAUAAUUUAGAUCAACUGAGGACUUAAGUUCUUAUCUACAGGAUAAUCCAGUUUUUUCAGGACUGAGUACAUUUUGAUUUCAGAGCUGUCUACCACAUCAUCAUUCUGGUCAAUUAAGCGAGCUGACUUAGAUGUUAUCACAUGUACGGAGCUUCAGUUUUGGGAUGCACAUCUCUGAUCAAAGAUAAGUCUGGUGAGAAGUAGGUUUAAUUGUUUGUUUUUAGUGGUUUUGGUUUAAAGUCAAAGACCAAAAAGAAAGUGAGAGAAGGCUGUAAAUAGAUAUCAGCUGUUUAGAGAAGACAGGACCAAAAGAGAAAGAAACAGGGGGAAAAAAGACAUGGAAAGAAAAACCCUGACGUUAGAUUGGGCUGAAAAGUCGUGGCAGCUUGGAUUUGGUUUUUGGACGAAUGGUGCAUUACCUCAGUAAUCAGAUGUUGGAGCUGAGGACGAAGUCUCACCCGAGCUGACUGUUUUCCAGAUAUGAGUAGAAAAAGUAUGAAAGUGGCCCAUGUUGCUUUUAGCAUUUUUAGCUAUACCGGACAAUAAUUACAGAUUACUUGGUGGUUUGCAUGUCAAGGCGACACGUGAAAGACGAGGGAAGACCAUGUUGCUUGUAAACACUGUCACAGGUACAGCUGUUUUACAGUUGAUGAGGGAGUAACCAUCUUGGAUUUCAAGCCUGGGAUACCAAAAGCUGCUCUGAGUUUCAAAGGUUGAGUUUUUAAUUGAAAGGGUGGGCAUCUAGAAAUUUCUGACCUCCGAGAUCAAGUGGAGCACACCAUAGGCUCAGAGAUAUUUUGGUAGGAGAGGCCAUCUGUUGGCAAGAAGUUCUUCUCUUAGACUUAAUUUUACAACCAGUUGCGUCAUCCCCUGCUCUCCCCUAGACAGGGUGCAGGAUUAAGGUCCUCGUUUCUACAAGUGAAGGGUAUAUUCCCGUUUCUAGAUCAUUCUCCUGUCAUGUGGUAACAGCUGAGUCAGCUCUUCAAAUCUAUUUUUUUCUAAUCUAUCUAUUGCUAAAAACAAGCCCAACAGAUGUGUUAUGAAGCAGCAGAAACGAGUUAACCAUGUUUGAGCCCAGAUUACAAACAGUUUCCUUAAACCAGGACUAUCACAGAUCAGUUAGUGGACUGUCUGCUUGACCAUCGGUGCCCACAAAACACCACUAAUGACACCACAGUGCUCAGACUGUGGUAGUUCAAAACCACCCUGAACUGUUUUUUUUCUGUUCCAUUGCUCUUAUUUCUCAUCUUCACGGUUUCAUCCAGACUUGGGCGGAGUUACGUUGGAGAAUCCCCUUUGCUGCUUGUUUUAGCCUCCAUGGGAGUCACUUCGAACUGUGCAAAGAGCAUCUGGAAAUUCGGACUAACACUGGACUGUGGCGGGAGCUCUGUGCAGGUUAAAACAAAAGCCGAAGGACUACUUUAACUGGGAUUGAGCCCAGGUCUGGUGUCAGCUGUUUCUCUGUACCUCUGUUUUUGUAAUGCUGAAGAUGCUGCUGCUCACCUGGACAUGUGAACGGGCUCCGAAGCCCAGCGAAGGUAAAAGGUCGACCUGAUUUUGGAAAGGGAAGCAGUUUUCAUCAAUUUGUUUGACUCCGCGGUUACAUUCUAAAAGAUACAAACUGAUGAAAGGAUAAAGUAUUCAGUGUUGUGAAAACAUGCUAAAUAAAGAUGACUGCUUUUUUCCAACUGCC